AUGCUUGGUCAAGUUACUUUUGGUUGGAUAGACAAACGUUGCAAACAAGCAACUGGCUCUUAUGACAAAGUAUUUGGAGGAAACUCGUUAAUUUUAACUGGCGAUCCAGGUCAGUUGCCACCAGUAGCAGACAAACCUCUUUAUCAUGCUAAACCAUCCAGUGCUGUUGGUGAACAAGGUUUUCAAGCAUAUCAAAUGUUUGAGAAAGUUGUUAAACUCACAGUAAAUCAACGAGUUCAAGGUGUGACAUCUGAACAAAUCAUUUUUAGAGAGUUAUUGUUACGACUUCGCAAAGGCGAAUCAACAAUUGAUGAUUGGAAAUUACUCCUAACCCGUCAACCAUCAAAAGUCACAAAUAUAAAAGAAUUUGAAGACGCUACUAGACUUUUCUACAGCAAUGAACAAGUUGCCAACUACAAUCAUGAGCAACUUUCAAAACUUAGUCAUCCGAUUGCCCGUGUCAAUGCUCGUCAUUCAUCAGAAAUGGCAAAAAAAAUUUCAUCUGAUGACAUGUCAGGCUUAGAACCAGUUGUUUUUCUGACAAAAGGUGCCAGAGUCAUGUUAACUAUGAAUUUGUGGUCAAGUGUUGGGCUCUGCAAUGGUGCUACUGGAAUAGUUGUUGAUAUUAUCUAUCACAACAACCAUCAACCACCUGACUUGCCUAUUGCAGUCAUUAUUGAGUUUGAAAACUAUAGAGGUCCUGCUUUUAAUGUGGACAAACCAUCUUGCAUUCCAAUAUGUCCAAUCACCGUCUCAUCACAGUCAGAAACUGGUUUUCAUGAACGGCAACAGUUGCCUCUAAGACUCGCCUGGGCUCUAACAAUACACAAGAGCCAAGGACUUACUCUUGCAAGAGCUUGGAUAAAUAUUGGAAAAUCAGAAAGAACUGCUGGAGUUUCAUAUGUUGCUAUAAGCAGAGUGAAAUCACUUUCAUCUUGCGUCAUUGAACCCAUGACAUUUUCUUGCUAUCUCCAUGCAGUCUCACCAGUAAAAGUAUCUGCCUCGGGUACUUGCAAAUAUUUCAAUAUGACUUUGCAAACGUCUGAUGGUUCUAUGAAUGCUGUGUGUUUCUCUCCUGAAAAAAGAUCAGUUUUGCAGAAAUUCCAAACUGAAAAAAGUCCUGUUAAGAUCACGACAUUCAGAACCAGUUCAAAAUAUGGUAAGGAAGAUGUUGUAAUUGAUAAAGCCACAAAGAUAACACCAGUCGAAAAAAACAUUGGAUUUGAACACAGAGAUCUGGCUCCUUCGUUUGUUACAUCUCUGGCAUCAUUAAACCAAGUUUCAGCAGAACAAUUGGUCACAGUGAAGGCAAAGGUUGCGAAAGUAAGCGGAAGCAAAAAAAUUUCAAGCCAAAGGAUUUCCAGUGGCCACCUGAAAAAACAAGAAAUUGUGAUUGCUGACCCAACCACCUCGAUGAAACUUAUCUUGUGGGAGCAGUUUAUCGACUGCCUCGAAGCCGACCAAACAUACAUGUUAAAGAAUCUUCGAUUAAAACAAAAUGGUACAACCAAGUAUUUGAACACUCCCAAAUCAGAUACAUUUUCUUUUGAGAAGGUCGAAGAAUUUACCGAACCUGUCAUUGAAGAUGUCCAAACAUUGUCCACCAUCGACGUCUGUGUCAGCUUAUUGGGAGUAGAGUCCAUUUCCGCCUACCAUGCUUGUCGUAAAUGUGGAAAAAAGACUUCUUCAAAAAACGAAGGUGUGCUCCAAUGUGAGACCUGUCGUAUGGUUAAAAAAAGUGGUUCUGCCAGUAAGCUAUGGUUUUUGCGACUUCUCUUCAAGAAUGUGAAAAAACCAAGCGAUACCAUCAGCUUGUCAAUUUUCAAUGAUAACUUGACAAGAAUUGUUGACUACCUGCCAGAGGAGGUGGAUUUAACUACAAUUUCCCCUGAACAAUUGUCUAUUGCUCUACUUUCUAUGCCGCAAGUUCAAAUCACAUAUGAUAUUGUAACAAGAAAGGUUAUUGAUGUUAAAGAAAUUAACAUUUAA